GGCUGACUGGCCGUUCUUCGGGCUCUUGUCGUUGGCAAGCAAGCAAGCGGCACUGACGCCGCAGGUGGUGGAGCAUUUGCACAUCAAGGGCAUCGAGGAGAUUCGGCCUCUGCCUAUGCCUCGGAUCCGUUGCAUCCUGCGGGUCGGCAACCACAUCUCCCUGGAGCAGAAGCUGCCGGUGAAUUUCCGGUCCAAGCGGAAGUCCACGCCUCAGCUCCUGUUGAGCACGGACGCCUGCAGUCUGCUGGGCACGGCGGCCUCCAACUUCCACCACGCCCGGCGCGAGGUGCGGCGGCUGCUGGCCACGGAGCCGAAGGAGCGGCAGCGCUACGACCGCCUGGUGAACUGGACCUGCGAAGGAGCCGCUUCGCGGAGGAGUCUGUCGCCCGGCCAGUGCCAGGAUCUGAGCCUGUCGCAGUGCCUGGGCCUCGACGGCACCUUGGCGGUGCCCGCCUGCAGGCUGCAGCCCCGGGCGCUGGGCGGCCUACGGCUGCGGCGGAAGAUGCGACUGGACGCCACCCGCGUCAGCAGCUGGGUGGACCAGGGCGAGCGCCUCUUCCGAGUCUUCGUGGAGAGGCACGGCCUGUUCCUCGCCUUGUGGGCCGCCGCGCAGCCCGAGCUGGCGCCUGUGAGGGGCGCCACAGCCGGAGCUGAGGCGGAGGAGGCUGAGUGGCCAGACCCCGAGGAGGUGAAGCUGAGGGAGACCAUGUUCGACGUGCUGCACAGCUUGCAGCAGGAGAUCUCCUGGGACAUCUGAGAUCAGCUGAAAGGAGAAGACCUCGGGGCCUUGGCCGAGGCGAAUGCCCUAAAACUGGGCUGCUUCUCAACUAAACAUAGGUGCUGUGCCUAGCAAAAAAAGCGAGCAAGGUGGAUGUCCUAAAUGGGCU